CCCUCAUUGAGUAACUAACGGCUAUAUUCCCUUCAUUUUUUCAAAAUUGUCUGUAAGUCUAGCGAAGAAGAAAGAAGCGACUAUGGCGGAAACGAGGGUUGAGAUCUCAGAUCCAGAGGCAGAGUUUUUCGCUUCCAAGCAGGAGACCGGAUAUGAGUGGGAGCUUUUCAAGGAGAACGUCAGGCCAUUGAAGAGAGGACGCGAUGUUCGUCUUCUCAACCACGCUCUCAAAUCUCAGUCCGACCACCAAUUAAGGAAGAAUCUCGCCGAGAAACGGAGGAGGUUGAUUGAAGCCAUCGAUGAGUACGAUGGAGACGACCCUCUCUUUCCCUGGAUCGAGUGUAUAAAAUGGGUACAAGAGGCUUUUCCUCCAGGAGGAGAAUGCUCGGGACUGUUAGUGAUAUACGAACAGUGCGUUCGCAAGUUUUGGCACUCGGAACGUUACAAGGACGAUCUUCGUUAUCUCAAAGUUUGGUUGGAAUAUGUGAAAACCGCGAAUGAGAUCUUCAAUCUCGGAAUCUCUAGAAAUGCAAAGCCAGUGGAGAAGUUGAAUGAUGCAUACAAGAAAUUCAUGGUGAGAACUAUGAAAAGGCCCGAAACAGCUGAUGAAGAACCAAAGGAGAAUGACUUACCCUCAAGGAGCUUUGGUACUCUAUUGUCCAGGGGAGAUAAUAAUAAUACAAGAAGGCAAGCGUUAGGAAGUUCUAAUCUACAAGCUAAAAAACCAAAGCUGAAUAACUCAUCGACAUCGAAGACACCUUUUCCUAUCUACAAGGACACUACACAAGGGAGUCAAACAGAGUCAGGCAAGACAAAACCAGAGUUUGGUUCUUGGCUCAUGCUCGGAGGCAGAGCAGAGAGGAACAAAGAAAACAAUUCUUUACCUGGAAAAUGGACAACAUUCAAGGUUCCUCAGAAACCCAUUGCGAGGACUGCUGCAGCCUCUGCAUCCUCCUUUGAGGUUUUUGUCGAUGAAGAAGAGUGUACAGAGGAGAAAGAGAAGAAGAAGAGUGAAACCAUCUCAUCAUCAUCAUCAAACGUUCUGCCCCUUAAUGAUGGACGUGAGAUAAAGAAAGAAACAGAGCUUCUGAGACAGAACCCUCUAAGGCAUUUCCCACCCAACAGCUUCCUAAGAUGAUGAUGUUCAUCAUCUCCACAAACAACACGAUCUUCUGAUUUGAUAUUUCGGGCUUUUGUCUAUAAAGCUCCUUGUAAUUUGCAUAUUUGGAUUUGUUUUGUGAUGUACUGAGAUUUAUGUACCAUGAUGAUGAGAACAAUGAGAAUCGAUUCCAUUUUAGCUACUUGAAAUCUCCUUCUACUAAUAUAUAAUAGUACUGUUACUGGUUUG